AACAAUGCACCAUUCAUUUCCACGCUGCGGUUUUAGACUCGAGUAUGUUUAAAAUAUAAUGUUGGUAAAUUAUUAUUGAUUGAUCGCCCAGCUGUUGCAAUAUUGACAUAUAGCUGGGGCUCGAAUUGGUAAUGUGUUCACUCUGCAGAUACGGAAGGGCUCCUUGGGUAUGUACUUUGCUUGGAGAUUCUGCUGGAGAAUAAGGCGAGGUGAGAGGAACAGCUUUCUCUGGAUAUGGCGAACUCGUGGGCAAUAACGCUCGCUCUCGUCCCAUUUCCCCCAACGACGUAUUAUUGCCGGAUGCUCUGACCUUUCUCCGGUGCCAUCCCCAUUCUAAAAAUAUUGUCUUUUACAAAAGAAAAAGGGAAAGGUGCCUUACUGGAGUGAUAUCCCGUGUUCAUUGACACCGACGAGUGAACGUAAAGAAAAAUCCGUAAACUGAAAGCGAAUUCAUGUGCUGAGCGCUUUCGCCCAGUGAUAGGACAUCAAACCAGUGCCCAUGGGAUCGGAGCGGAUGGAGAUGCGUAAGCGGCAGACAUCGGUGCAGCAGGAAAUGCCGGGCUCUACACAACCGCAGCAGGGCGCUGGGAACCGGGGCUCCAAUGCAUGCUGUUUCUGCUGGUGCUGCUGCUGCAGUUGCUCAUGGAAUGAAGAUGACGAAAGAGCAAGAAGGAUGUCUCAGGAAGCCAGAGGAGAAGGCCAGCCAAACUGUGAAGAAAGUCCAAAGCCAACACUUGAAGAAGUGGAGUCCUGGGGACAGUCUUUUGACAAGUUAAUGAAAAGCCCUGCAGGAAGAAAUGCAUUCCGAGAGUUUUUACGAACAGAGUACAGUGAGGAAAAUAUGUUGUUCUGGCUGGCUUGUGAGGACCUUAAAAAUGAAGUCAACAAUCUUCUUGUUAAGGAGAAGGCAAGAUUAAUAUAUGAGGAUUAUAUAUCCAUCCUUUCACCGAAAGAGGUCAGCCUUGAUUCCAGAGUCCGCGAGGUCAUCAACAGAAAUAUGCUUGAACCUACCCCUCAUACAUUUGAUGAUGCACAGCUUCAGAUUUACACAUUAAUGCACAGAGACUCUUAUCCAAGAUUUAUGAACUCUGCAGUCUACAAAACCCUGCUUCAAUCCUUAAUUGAUACAUCGUCAGAACCUUAAGCCUUCCCGACUUUGUUUCUGAAAAUAAAAUAAUGAAAUGUCUGUGGGCUAUUAUUACUCACAGGGACACUGGAGCUAUUUGAUCUUCACCAGAAAGUAAUACUCAGGCAAAUUUUACUAAGGAUUUUAAUGUCUAUCUGCAGAGGGCUCUGAACACAGGCCAAAACACAGCUUCAGAUCAACACAGCAAGAUUCUCCAAAGGAUGACUGAUGAAAUGUUAGUCGUUUUAAAAAGCCUGUAGUUGUAUUUUUUACAUGAAAAACUAUUAACAUGUACUCAGACAAGAGUUUGUAUGUGGAAGUGCCUUGAUGUUCCUCUAAUGACAUCGUCACCAGAGCGACAUAUGCUACAAUACGGUUUAAAAGUCUCCUACAUUGAACAUUAUGAUAAUGAUGCCACAACCACAUUGGGCAGUACUUCCACUUGUCUUGGAGUAUAUUAUACUUGAUAUAUGUAAACAUAAUGCUGAUGGAAACUAAAUGGAUCAACUUCAAGUAUCGAAGCCAAUGGUUUGAAAAACUACUGAAAUACUGCCUAUAAAGCAUGUUGCAAGACUUCUAUUAUUUUAAUAUAUUUUUCUUCAAAUGCAAUUUUUUUCAUUAUGAUUUGUGAAUACUUAUAAAAAUUAAUUUCACAAAUUUAUCACUUGUUUUAUUUUGCAAAUGGAAAACGGACAAAAUGUGGGCAUUUCAAUUAUUUUCAAAAAAUAAAGCACAAAUAAUUUUAAUUUACAAUUAUUUAGUGAUCUGUCAAAACUGAAUUAGUGUAUACAAUGUGAUUAAAAUCUUUUAAAAAGUAA